UAAAAAUUGCAUAUAUAAUUAAGGUUAGUUUAUCCAGAAUUCUAAUUGCAGCACGUGUCCGUAAAUCUCUAUUACAAUCACCUGAGUUUGGCCAUCUGGGGCAUGUGGAAAAAGCCCAGGUAUAGACACUUUGGAUUCUGGCAUUCCUUUGUACAGGCUGCUACCUUGGGUAAGGAAAUUCACCUCUCUGAGGCUCCUGUCAGCCUCUGAGGCUUGCAUGGGAUAGCAUGUACCGAAUUACUGCACACACAGCCUGGUGUACACUUAAGCACAAAAGAUGUGUCAAAGUUUUCAGAAACAUUGACAGUGAGACAUCAACUAUAAAAUUUGCUGCAGAGUGGGUCAAUAUUGCAUCACUGCAUUCCAGCCGGGCACACAGCAAGACUCUGUCUCAACAACAACAACAACAACAACAACACAAAUAAGCAACUUGCUGCAGAAAUGGACACUGUUGUUCUUAGAAACGUGACUCUAGGGAAGUUAAACUACCAACUUGCUUUAGGGGAAGUGAGUGAUCUGCCACCUACAUGGAAUUGGGGAGGUUUUGCUGAGAAAGUAACUCGUGAGGAAGGCAAAAUAUGGUUAAGACAAAAUGUAACCAUCUAUAGCGAUAAAGUGAAAAUCGGAAAUAGAACUGCAUCAAUGAUCUUUCAAAUAGAGGAGAAUGUGGUGAAAACUGCAGUUAACAUUUGUUAACAGUGGGUUCAUUAGGUUCAGCUUAUCAGUAACCUGAUUCCUGUUUCUUAACUGAUAAAGAAAACGGGAGGUUUUUAAAGAGAGGGUGGCUGCUGUAUUUAGUAGAGCUAUAAAGCUGUUAGAGAAAUUGGCUCCCCGAGUUAUUAAACUGCUCCUAGGAGGUUGAGAAAGAAAGAACUCAAGUACAACCCACUGAGGUUGAGAUACAGGCUACUGUUCUCAACUCUGUCUUAGGGAGCAUCAUCAACUGCCUCAUACGUGGUGACCUUCACUAUUAUAUGCCAUUGACUCAUCUGGAGUAAUCUCAACAACCAGUUACCAACACUUGCUCUUGACUGAUAAACAGAGAAUGGGGCUUUGGAUCUUAACAAUUCUCACAAUUGUCAUGUCUUCCACAGCAGCGAAGUUUAGUAAACAAUCAUGGGGCCUGGAAAAUGAGGCUUUAAUUGUGAGAUGUCCUAGAAAAGGAAAACCUAGUUACACAGUGGAUUGGUAUUACCCACAAACAAACAAAAGGAUUCCUACCCAGGAAAGAAAUCAUGUGUUUGCCUCAGGCCAACUUCUUAAGUUUCUACCAGCCAAAGUUGAUGAUUCUGGUAUUUAUACCUGCAUUGUCAGAAGUCCCACAUCCAAUAUGACUGGAUAUGCAAAUGUCACCAUAUAUAAAAAGCAGCCAGAUUGCAACAUUCCAGAUUAUUUGAUGUAUUCAACAGUAUCUGGAUCAGAAAAAAAUUCCAAAAUUUAUUGUCCUACAAUUGACCUCUACAAUUGGACAGCACCUCUUGAGUGGUUUAAGAAUUGUCAGGCUCUUCAAGGAUCAAGGUACAGGGCGCACAAGUCAUUUUUGGUCAUUGAUAAUGUGAUGACUGAGGACGCAGGUGAUUACACCUGUAAAUUUAUACACAAUGAAAAUGGAGCCAACUAUAGUGUGACAGCGACAAGGUCCUUCACGGUCAAGGAUGAGCAAGGCUUUUCUUUGUUUCCAGUAAUCAGAGCCCCUCCACACAAUGAAACAAAGGAAGUGGAAAUUGGAAAAAACGCAAGCCUAACUUGCUCUGCUUGUUUUGGAAAAGGCGCUCAGUUCUUGGCUGUCGUCCUGUGGCAGGUUACUGGGAAAAGUAUCACAGACUUUGGUGAAGCAAGAUUUCAACAGGAGGAAGGGCAAAAUCAAAGUUUCAGCGAUGGGAUGACUUGUCUAAACAUGGUUUUAAGAAUAGUUGACAUGAAGGAAGAGGAUUUAUUGCUGCAGUACGACUGUCUGGCCCUGAAUUUGCAUGGCUUGAGAAGGCACACCAUAAGACUAAGUCGAAAAAAUCCAAUUGAUCAUAUAAACAGUACUUACUACAUAAUUGCAGUAUGUAGUGGAUUGUUAAUACUAAUCAACGUCCUGGUUAUCAUCCUAAAAAUGUUCUGGAUUGAGGCUGUUCUACUCUGGAGAGACAUAGCUAAGCCUUACAGGACUAGGAAUGAUGGAAAGAUCUACGAUGCUUAUGUUAUCUACCCACGGAACUACAAUACCGGUACAGAUGGGGCCAGUCCUGUAGAGUACUUUGUUCACCAGAUUCUGCCUGAUGUUCUUGAAAAUAAAUGUGGCUAUACCUUAUGUAUUUCUGGGAGAGAUCUGAUACCUGGACAAGAUGAAGCCACUGCAGUGGAAACCAACAUACGAAACAGCAGGCGGCACAUUUUCAUCCUGACCCCUCAGAUCACACACAGCAAGGAGUUUGCCUAUGAGCAGGAAAUCGCCCUGCACAGUGCCCUCAUCCUGAACGACUCCAAGGUGAUUCUUAUUGAGAUGGAGGAUGCGAACGAACUGGGUGGGCUGCAGGCUGAGGCACUUCAGGACUCUCUCCAGCAUCUGAUGAAAGUGCAGGGGACCAUCAAGUGGAGUGUGGACCUCACUGCCAAUAAACAAUCCCUGAGUUCCAAAUUCUGGAAGCAUGUGAGGUACCAAAUGCCUGUGCCAAGCAAAAUUCCCAGAAAGGCCUCCAGUUUGACUUCCUUGGCUGCCCAGAAGCAAUAGUGCCUGCUGUGAUGUGCAAAGACCUCUGAGUUUGAGGCUCUCCUAACUCCUGCUAACUGGCUCAUGCCUCUGCACUUAAGUGUGAGAAGUAGGAAUGUCAAAGGGAUUCAGGCCUCAGGUUUCAUCUGGUAACUUUGCUUCCAUUUCCCUGGUUCUAGGUGGAUAAGAAAUGCCCAGAAAUUUUUCUCUUCAAUCGUCCCCCAGCCUCCAGCCUGCGUUUUCUUCCCUUUUCCCUCUUGCUUGCAUCUCUCCACUGUGGUGUCGGAUAUUUUCACUACUCUCUUUUCCUCUCUCUCGGUCUUGUUUCAUUUCUCCUCAUUCUUUGUCAAUAAGCUACCUUCUGAAUAUCAAACUAAUCAUUUGAUAGUAGAUUUUCAUGUCAUUUUCAAGAACAUUCUGAUUUCCUCAGGCAGAAUACAUAUAUAUAUACACACACAUAUAUAUAU